CAAGCACGGAUUAGGAUCCGGAAUCGAGACUUCUCCUUCCUGGAAGGAAAUGACGUUACAAAAACAUUUCCGAACGAAACGGUUGUGGAAAGAGUGCGUACUAUUUACUAUUCAUAAGUGAUAAGUGAGAGCAGUCGACAACGAAGAAAGAGAGCAGCUAUCAUGGAUAUUCAGCAUAUUCUGAGGGAAAUAAUCUGUUUAUUUACUAUAUUUAGUCUUGGCUUGAGUUGCAACACGGACUGGUCAGAAAUGAAUGGAAAAUGUUAUCGUCCUUUUCCGUUCGAGUAUGAUUUUCGAAUGGCCAGAAGAGUCUGCCAGAUCUAUAAAGGGGAUUUAGCUUUCAUUAACAAUAAUACAUUAAUUAUAUCAAUCUCUGUUCAUCCAGACUAUGAUCGCACCAAACAUUAUUGGGUGAAAGAAGGGAGUUACCAUGGCAAUGGAUCUUCGACGCCACUUACUACUGUAUCACCUCCUACUGCAUUAUCAAAUGGGUGUCCUUAUUUGAAUAGUGCUGCAAGUAAGCAGCAUCUGCUAAUAUCUCCAGAAGAUUGCGAUAAGAACAAUCCGUUUAUCUGCGAAGUGCAAAAGAAAGGAGCAGAUCUUAUUUGUCCACAGACCUGGGAUCUCUACGGUUCGUACUGCUUUAAGAGGAGCAUUGUUCAGGCUACAUAUGCAGAUGCAGCAGGAAUUUGCUCAUUACAGCGAGGAAGGCUAGCUAUUCUGGAUAACGAAGACAAAGUACAUUAUGGAUUAGCUAUAGUUUUAGGAUGGAAUAUAGCCUACACUGUAGGAGCGUCAAAAACUAACGGCAGCUUCAAAUGGUCAAAUGGGAACGAUUUCCAAAGUAACUGCUCAGAAUGUAUUAAAGGAGAAAGUGACAUGGAGUGCAUGGGUCUCUUGUCAGAAACUUUUCAUCCUACACUAUAUUCUUGGAUCAAGAGCAACUGCAGCGAAACACACAAUUUUUUGUGCGAAAUGGACGCAGUAAAGGUUACUACUCCAGCUCCUGUUCAGACUACAACUGCAUUAAAACCCCUUGGUUGCCCUUAUGGUAAUAACUGGAAGCGGCAUGGCGAAUACUGUUAUUGG